AUGAGCUCUGAAUUGGAAUUUAGUGAAAAUUCACAAAACAAUGCAAUUAUCCAGGUUUUUUAUCCAACAUGCUCAGCUAUAUCUACGAAUUAUAAUGGGCUAGAAAUAAGGCCUAAAGAUACCAAAAAAUUUCUCAAAAAAGUAAUGACUUUACUAUAUAUUCAGCUGAGUAUCACAAUACUCUUAUCAGCCAUCAUUCUAUCAGUAAAAGAUAUACAAAAAUGAAUACAAUCAAAUAAUUCGUUUCAAUUAGUUAGCCUAGGUCUGUCAAUUAUAAGUAUAGCGGCUUUACGUUAUCGUAAAACCUUUGCAAAAAAAGUCCCUAUAAAUUACACAUUGUGUGCAAUCUUUAAUAUUGGGGUUAGCGUUAUUAUCGGAAACUUUGUGGGCAUUCACUUCAAAAAUUUAAUAAUAUUUUUAGCAGUCUCUGCAUUUACCAUAGCUAUACAAUGGAAUUUAGCUAUGGUCGCUUUAUUUAUACAGAAAGAUUUAACAAAGUGGUAUGGAGCAAUAUUUGAAUUCCUUAUCGCAGGAAUUUUAGCUGGUAUAUUUUUGCUUCCUUAUUUAACAAAUUUUGUAAAAAUAGGAUUUUGCGUAUUAUUUUUCUCGAUUUAUGUUAUUGCGAUUAUUAUUGAUUUUCAAGCAAUAAAUGGAAAUGGAGUAUUCGAACUAACCAAUGACGAUUAUAUAACUGGGGCGAUUUUUUUAUUCGUAGAAGUGGUAGGAUUUUUAGUAUAUGUUAUUAUUGUAAUUUUUAUCUUUUAA